UGCUAAGUGUUUUUAAGGACUCGCAUCCCCUGGCUAUUGUCACCGUUCUUUCAGACGAAUAUUUGCAAAAAUGGCGGAAUCUCCUGUUGCGAUCGUUACCGGUGGAGCACAAGGCCUGGGUGCCGCUAUUUCAAAGGCAUUGCUACAUAAAGGUUACCGGGUCUGCGUAUCAGAUAUCAACGAAAAUAAAUGUUACGAAUGUGUGUCGCAUCUGCAACAACAUUUUGGGAAAAACAACGUCAUUUUUGUCCGAGCAGAUGUUUCAAAAGAAUGGGACGUAAAAAAUAUUUUCGAGAAGACCAUGCUGCAUUUCAAUCGUGUGGACGUUUUGGCGAACAAUGCUGGGAUACUUGACGAAGAUAAUCCCCGGCAUCUUGUAGAUGUUAAUUUGAUGGGAGUUAUCAAUGGCAUCAGAGCAGCAUUUGAAUACAUGGGAACGAGCCACGGUGGCAACGGUGGAAUCGUUAUCAACACAGCCUCAGUCCUAGGUUUGGUUCCAUUCGAUAUUAUUCCGGUAUACACAGCUACAAAGCACGCUGUUGUUGGCUUGACAAGAAGUUACGGGUUGCCUUACCAUUACGACAACGAAGGAAUUUUGUUUGCUGCACUCUGUCCGUCUUACAUUGGUACUGAUAUGCUAAAUGAUGUAUCAACCAAAUCUCUGUCCAAAGGCCUUGUAGUUGGCGACAGACCAGAAAUUAUGAGCCCCGAUGACGUAGCGAAAGGAUUUCUGAAACUACUUGAAGAUAGGAUUAAUGGAUCCACUUUGUAUGUGGAGAAGAAUGCUGGAUUCCAGUAUAUUGGUCUGCCGCAAGAAAUGAAAACCUUCGAGUUAUAGCUUUGAAAAAUGAGAUCAUUGACAAUUGAAGAAAAAUAAAACUU